CAAUCUUUCGAGCUAAACGAAGCUCCCAAAGUCACACUCCAACUCAGACUCAGAAAAGGGUCUAAAAAAACCGGAUUUUUCUCAAUUCACAUGCAAACCCAUCAAAAAUUUCACAUAUAACAUAUGCAAGGUUGAAUCUUUUGGGAAAUUGAGAUAAUGGGUAUGCUUCAAAUUGGGAGUUUUCUUAAUUGGGAAUAUGAAUCUUACCCUGCAUAUGAAGAUUUCGCUGUUCUUCCAUUGUUUGCCUUCUUCUUUCCCACUGUCAGAUUCUUGCUUGAUAGAUUUGUUUUUGAGGUAACUUUCCUAUGUGGUUUUGUUAGUUUUGAUGAUUUUGGUAUGGAUGAAUCUAAAUGUUCUAAGCACCCAUUAAAAUCGUUUAAGAAAAAUCUCUACGAUUUCCUUCCAUCUCCUAAGUCAUGGUGGGCAGAGUUACCUGCUACCUGCGCUGCUAGAGAUAGCAGUUAUUGGCUUUCUGUUUUUAUUAUUUGCAGGUUUGCACGUGUCGGUUCAGUAGUUUUAGCCCUUCAUGAUGCCAGUGAUAUAUUCCUCGAAAUCGGAAAGAUGUCCAAAUACAGUGGUGCUGAAGCUCUUGCUAGCUUUUCAUUUAUUCUUUUUGUUUUAUCCUGGAUUGUACUUCGCCUCACAUACUUCCCGUUCUGGGUUCUUUGGAGUACCAGUUAUGAAGUUCUCCAGACUUUGGAUAAGGAGAAACACAAAGUGGAUGGACCAAUCUAUUAUUAUAUCUUCAAUUCUCUUCUAUUUUGCUUGAUGGUUCUUCAUAUAUAUUGGUGGGUGUUGAUAUACCGGAUGCUUGUUAAACAAAUACAAGCAAGGGGCCAACUGAGUGAGGACGUUCGUUCUGAUUCUGAAGAUGAACAUGAAGAUUGACCGUGCCCUAAGACUUCUACUGAUGUGAUGUUCAUGUGAAGAAAGGAAACAACCAAAUGCUCUUAUGAACUUGUCGAUGAGCUGAGAAAUUGAUGCUUUGGCUCAUGAAAGCUUGGGAGUAGUUGAAGGUAGGUUGAAGUAACUGCAUUAUGGAGCAGAAAGCUAAUUGAUCAUUUGAAGUUAAUUUAACUCACCAUUUUCUGGUUAUUGAAACUGGCUAAAGGACAUUUUCGUUGUAUUUCCUUUUUCUUUUUUGUAAUUUUUUGGCACCAAGAAUGUGCGUAAUGACUUCUAAUGUUAAUAUAGAAAGACUUGAAGUUGAGUUGAUGUAAACUUAUUCAUGGAA